UUUGCAAAUGUAAAUUAAUCUUGCUGGUCCAUGAAUGCUGUUAGGUGCUUCUCUAAUCCGGUGAUAAAUGCGUUAGAUGAAUAAAGUGAUAGUUGUAAUGCCCACACGAUUAGUUGUUAUAAAUUGUGCUAGUUAUCACUCUUCUCGACUUGGAACAUUGAAAUAGCAUUCAAGGUUUUCAUUCACUUGCUCAUAUUAAAAUCAUUUCUUAUCUACCUCAUCUCUUGUUUAUCAAGUCUGUCAAAAAGCGACAUUAAAUAAAGAUAAAUACUAUGAUUAUAGAUAUACAACUUUAAUGAAAGGCAAAUAAAAAAUAAUAAAAAAAGGCUUAUGAGUCUGUGUCACAACAAUGAAAUUGAUAAUCAGUUAGUGUAGCUUCUGUGAGACUGGUGAUAAAUGAUACUCUUUUAUUUCGCUAACAACAAUCAUGAUCUCUAAAGAUUCCGCGCAGAAUGAAGGAUCCGCAGAUCUAGAGCUGAAUUACCCCAAGCAACAAUCGAAAUUAAAACGUUUUGUUCAUCAGCACGUUCCUGUUACGCGAUGGUUACCAAAGUACUCGCGGUUUUACGCAGUUUCAGACUUUAUUGCUGGAAUUACUCUGGGAUUGACGAUGAUACCCCAGAGUAUCGCGUACGCUGCACUUGCUGGUUUGACUCCCCAGUAUGGGUUGUACUCAUCAUUUUUCGGCGGCUUUAUCUACAUUAUCUUUGGGACUAUCAAGGAGGUGUCAAUUGGCGCAACAUCGCUGAUGUCUCUCGUUACUGUGGAAUAUACUCGUGAUAUGCCAGUUGAUUUCGUUAUCCUCCUGUGUUUUUUAGCAGGAUGCGCUGAACUAUUGAUGGGACUGAUGAAUCUAGGAUUUCUGGUUGAUUUUAUAUCAAUACCCGUAACUUCUGGGUUCACAUCGGCAACGUCAAUUAUUAUUAUCAUUUCCCAAUUACCCGGACUUUUGGGUCUUAGAUUUAAGUGCGAAAAUCUUAUUGAGGGAAUUAGAAAAUUAAUUGAAAAUUGGCGGAAAAUACAAAUUAAUGACACAGUACUCGGAGUAUCCUGUAUUAUUUUUUUACUAUCAUUCCGGAAAUUAAAAGACAUUGACUGUUCUAAAGUCGAGAGCAGGAAUAAGUCGUGGGGUCGUCUAUUAAAAAAGACCUUGUGGCUGCUUUCGAUAUCACGAAAUGCAAUAAUUGUUUUUAUUGCUUCAGCAAUAACAUUUCAGCAGCAUAAAAAUGGAAAUCCAUUAUUUCUAACAUCAGGUUCUGUUACUCCUGGUCUUCCGAAAUUCAAUCCACCGCAUUUUUCAUCGCAAGUUGGCAAUGUGACGUACAGUUUUAUUGACAUGUGCUCUCAUCUAGGAAGUGGAAUUUUCAUGGUACCUUUGGUUGCCGUGUUAACAAAUGUUGCAAUCGCUAAAGCCUUUGUGCGUGACGGACCAGUGGAAGCAACUCAAGAAAUGUUGACUCUGGGUGUUUGUAAUAUUGCUGGAUCUUUUGUAUCAUCAAUGCCGACAUCCGGUGCUUUUACUCGAAGUGCUGUAGGAAGUGCAAGUGGUAUCCAGACACCUAUGGCUGGACUUUACUCCGGGACAAUGGCUCUUCUUGCAUUGAGUUUUCUUACGCCUUACUUUGGUUUUAUACCGAAAGCUUCACUGUCUGCUGUACUUAUUAGUGCAGUCCUAUUUUUAAUUGAUUUUAAAUUAAUUAAAAUAUUAUGGAAGGGCAGCAAAAGAGACAUGUUUACUGCGGGUAUAACAUUUUUCAUAAGCAUUUUCGUUAAUGUAGAAUUCGGACUUUUAUUCGGAACUUUAUCGAAUGCAUUACUUCUGCUUUAUCUUUCGGCCCGACCAUCUGUCACAAUCGAAAAACGCAAGACGGCUUAUGGACUUAAAUAUGUAAUAGUAAAACCAGAUAUCGGGCUUUUUUAUCCAGCGGUGACAUAUCUGAUAAAUAAAAUAAAUAAUGUUGCUCGAAAAGAAGCCAAAGGUGUUUAUCCUGUGGUCGUUGACUUUGAUCGGCUCCAAGGAAUUGAUUACACUGCUGCCAAAGGAAUACAAGGUUUAUUAUCUGUGUUUGAAGGUAAAUCCCAAGCAUUGAUAUUUUCAAAUGUCAGUUCAACUGUCGUUGCAUCGAUUAUAAGUCUCAGUGGGAUGGAAACUUUCAAGGCGGCUAAUAGUCAAGAUGAUCUUACGAACAUGCUUAACAAUUUGAAAAUCAAUGAAAAGAUUUGUCGAUUGAAAAAUCAAUCGUUUGCAGAAUUAUUAAAUAAAUCGAGUGAUUCGACUAGUCAAAAAGAAAAUGAUAGAGAGUUAUCGGUACCCGCAGAGCAAGAAUCUCUUUUGGCGAGUGAUAAAAAAACCAGUCAAGUUGAAUCUAAUUGUUGAUAGAUUGUUAUUAUUAUUUAUCUUAAUUGGUAUUCUGUAUUUUUAAAAAAUAUUAAAGUUCUUUAC